AUGAGUGUGCUCAUGGGCGAACCCGCCAUCGGUGGUAUGUUCGAGUCUCUAAGCAGAGACCAGCAACAUGCUGCUAUCAACAAGUUCCUACAAGGGGAACUGGCCGCCGAAUGA